AUGUGGAGUGGACUGUUACCUCCAGGACUGAAUGAAAGUGAUGUUGACCUGAGUUCUGAUGAGGGAGAUGAAUCACAUAGUUCCUCUUCAAAGGAGGAUGCAAAAGAAGAUACUGAAAGAGUUCAGCUUUCUGAAUUCCAGGAGAAUGGACCUGAAAGUAAUGCCAUCAGUGAACCCAUUGCAAUAUCAGUGACAGAUGGAGAAAACAUGUCUCAGACUUGCCCUUCUGGAGUUCCUUUAAGUUUGUGGAAUAAAUUUGUGGAGCUUCAGAAGAAAAACCGUGAAAUGAAAACCCAAGCAGAACAGGGAAACAAAGGCCGAAAAAGAAAGCGCCGCAGAAAAGAAAAACAGAAGAAGAACAAUGAAGUGCCUAAGAGUAGUCAACAGUUGUCAAAUGAAGACAAAUGGAAGGAACUUACACAAUACUUUGGAAUCAAUGAUAAAUUUGAAUUGCCUGUGGAUAGCAGGGCUCCACAAAAGUCUGGUCUUGAACUUAGCAUAGAGAAGUCUGUGGCUGAAGGUGACAUUGAUAAGGCGGUGGAGCUGAGUGACAGGUUAGCCAUUCGUGAGCUUGGUGUGAAAAUUGCCAAAGCUGCUGUUUGCCGCAACUUCGUAAAAGCCAAGCAAGAAGCAGAGGCUGCCCAAGAAGCUCGAAAGAAAAAGAAGCUUGCUUGGGGAUUUGAAGCCAAGAAAAGAUGGGAAACAAAAAGCAACAUGGGAUACAUGUAA